CUGUUUUCCACUGUAAACUUUAAAUCCUAUCAGUCUGGCAGGUCCGUCGAGAGACGCGAAACUCUUCUUACCCCUUCUUCAUAUAGUGUUAUUUGUUUUCUGUGCUUAAAUCGACAUUUCUCAGCUAUGCUUAUGCGGGCCAAGAAUGGAAAAGACAUCGACAGCGCUAUAUCGGAUUGCGAUCCCGAGAUCAGUAACAGAGACAUAGACCUAACCAAUAAGAGGAAAGAAAAGGCUAGUUCCAUCGGCUGCGAGGGACUCAUAACCACAUAUCAUGAGUACUGUGAGAAUACGUCCAUCCACGGGGUUCAAUAUCUGGGAGAGCGGGAGCGACCCAUGCGCGAACGGAUCUUCUGGCUGCUUGUGUUCCUAAUCUCCAUAUAUGGCUGCUCCACACUGAUCCUCAGUGCCUACACCAAGUGGACCGAGACGCCUGUGAUUGUGAGCUUCGCGGAGAAAUCAACACCCGUGUGGAACAUUCCUUUCCCGGCGGUCACUGUUUGCUCCGAAACUAAACGGGUAUUGAAGCAGAAAGGUAAGGAGAAAAGUUAUGCGGAUCUCUACAGCCAGUUCAGCGAAGAAAUGCGAGUAUUGCGGGUGUUUAAGCCCCAAAAUGUUAGUGCCCUGGAAAUGGAGGAGUUCCGGACCCUGUUGCACGUGUGCAACACCCAGAUCAUCGACCAGGACAUGCCAUUGAUAGCCGGCGACGACUUGGACUACUUUGAAGUUUUGGAGAGGAUGUUGCCCCAGUUUGAUCGGUAUUUCUUCUACUGCCGCUGGCUGAGCCGUUUCGGCGAAUGCGAGAAGUUUUUCCGAAAGACUCUUACGGAGGAGGGCAUUUGCUAUACCUUCAAUGGACUGAGGGCCACAGAGAUAUACCGGGAGGACACCUAUCAGUACCGGCACAGUGGGGAGCCUUUGGAGAUGGAAAACAUAAGUUCACAGCAUCCGCCCUGGACCCUAGAAACGGGCUAUGCGCACGGUAGCGAUGUGGAAACAUUUCCGGCAAGGGUUCUGAGUGCCGGAGCGCGAUCUGGCAUUUUUCUGGUCCUCCAAAGCUUUAAGCAAGAGGUGGACUACGCUUGCCGAGGACCAGUGCAGGGAUUUAAGGUUCUGCUGCAUGCCCCGGAUGACGUGCCGCAGGUGUCGAAGCAGUUCGUGCGCAUCCCAAUGGGCAAAGAGGUGCUAAUCGCUGUGAAGCCCAACAUGAUCACCAUGUCAUCAGGCAUCGCAGAGUACCAUCCUAUUCGGAGACAGUGCUUUCUUAGCCACGAACGAUCGCUGCGCUUCUUCAAGGUUUACACCGAAUCCAAUUGCCAGCUGGAGUGUCUGGCCAACUUCACACUGACCAAGUGUGGAUGUGUCAAGUUCUCGAUGCCGAGGAACAUGUACAUGCCCGUGUGCGGAGAGGAUAAAAUCCACUGCUACGAUCGGGCGGAAAGGGAGUUGUUGGUCAGGGAAUUUAUGCGAGUAAGAGCUCUGAACUCAGCUCGAGAUUAUUCUCGAGGUGUGGAAUCUGCCUGUAAUUGCAUGCCCGCUUGCACAUCGCUUGUCUACAACACGGAGAUCUCACAGGCAAAUUUUGAUCUGGAGGAAAUGCUGCUGGCCGAGGGUGACACCGAGUUCCUUCAAGAUUAUCCCGGCUCGCAGAUGUCCCGCCUGUCCAUAUAUUUCAAGCAGAGCCAGUUUAUCACUUCAAAGCGAUCGGAACUUUAUGGGAUGACCGAGUUCCUGGCCAACUGUGGUGGUAUAUUUGGCUUGUUUAUGGGUUUCUCCAUCCUGAGCUUGGUGGAGAUGAUUUACCACUUCACCCUGCGGCUCUUCACCAAUCUGAAACGAUUGGUCAGAGUCCAGGGUCAGUAGUUAUAAGUGUCAUAUUUACUAACUAUUAAUUUGUCCGGUUACAAAACUGAAAUAUUUGCAUAAAUUAUUAAGUAGCUUUGUCCGGUUACAAAAAACUCAAAUAUUUGUAUGAUUUAAAAUAUAUAAAUUAAAGAUAA